AUGUCAAAUGUUGUAUUGCACACUUGUCGACUAUGGAAUAUGUAUGGUCCUGCUGAAACUACAAUUGAUUGCACGUUUCAUCUUUUUGAUAACACAACGGAAACUGAAAGUUUUUCAAUAGGCCGACCGCUUUCAAAGUAUCAGAAUCUAGUUUUAGAUCAAUUCUCACAAAGUGUGUUUAUGUAUCAAGAAGGAGAAUUGUUUGUGGGAGGAAUAGGUGUUUUUGCUGGUUAUCUUGGCCGUGAUGAUUUAACUGCACAAGCUCUUGUUGAAAUAGAUGACGAACUAUACUAUCGAACAGGUGAUCUUGUGAGAAUGGAUAACAAUGGUCUUCUUCAUUAUCAAGGAAGACAAGAUCAUCAAAUCAAACUACAUGGACAGAGAAUUGAACUUGGUGAAAUCGAACGAUGUUUACUUAACAUUACAUCCAUCUCUGCUUGUGUUGUCAUGAAAUGGAAUGAUGAUUAUUUAGUCGCAUAUGUUCAGAGUUCUGAUAUUAACGAACAGAAAUUGCGGGAACAUUGUCAAUCUCAUCUUCCACAACAUAUGAUUCCAUCCAUAUUCAUUAUUCUUGACAAAUUCCCAUUGAAUGCAAAUGGAAAAGUAGAUCGAAAACAACUUCCUUCACCUGACUUUUCUUCAUCAACUUUGUUAUCAUCCGAUAAAUCUGAUACUCCUCUUAAUCAGUUCGAAGAACGUAUACACACUAUUUGGUGUGAAGUUCUUCAUUCUAAUGAAAAUCACAUUUCUAGAACUACCAGCUUCUUUAGCGUUGGUGGACAUUCACUUUUACUUAUUCAACUUUAUCAUCGUUAUCAAUCAAUAUUUUCUUUUACUAAUAAAUUACUUCCUAUUGCAUUAUUCCUUCAAAAGACGACAAUUAUUGAACAUGCUAAAUUGCUUGAAUCAAUCAAAUCAACUGAUGUAGUAAUAGAAGAAACAUGGCAAUCACUUCAUUUAAUAAAAGGUAUUGCAUCAUUUGCACAAGAACGUAUCUUUCUUGAUCAACAAGUACGUUUUAUGAAUAAUGCAUCUGUUUACAAUGAAUUAAUGGUAUUAAAACUUAUAAAUGAUACAUUAUCAAAGAGUCGUCUACAACGAGCUAUUCAGUCAGUAUUAGAAAAACAUCAAAUUCUUCGUACUUGUCUUAUUCUUGACACUAAUGCUGGUACACUAACACAAUGUGUCACACAAAAUCAUUUAAUAUUUAUGUUUAAUACUGAAAAAACAUUUAAGAAUGAUGAUGAACUUAAUUCAAUCAUUUUUCAAAUAAAAACAAAUCCAAAUCUAUUUAAUUUAUUUAGUGGCCAUGUUUUCUGUUGUGAAAUUCUUCGACAAAAUUCAUCUAUUCAAAAUGAUGAUCUACUUCAGGAAUCAGAUAUACUUGUAUUUGCUUUUCAUCAUGUAGCAUAUGAUCG